AGAACCUACAAAUUCAGGUCCAACCAUCAACUGUAAUAUUAGGGCAAAAUGAUUUUGUAAUCACCUGCUCCAUCAUAAACCCAUCACAACUUGAUACAGUGUAUACUAUACGGCUACAAAAAAACAGUACUGGCACAAUACAGGAUGUGGUUUCUGUUCGUUCAAGUAACGGUCAAGAUAUUAUAACAUGGCAGGACACAAGUUUACAAAAUAGAGCAACAGCAACAGGUGCUGUCAGCUCACCUGCUACAGCUCAGCUCAAGAUGAUGAUUCCUAAGGACAGAGUGUUGUGUCCUGGCGAUUUUACUGGAUACAUGUGUACGAUGAGUGGAUUCACAACAGGGGCAGUUAAUCAAGAAACAAAUCAGGUGUAUGUUACUUAUACAGUAUAUCCAACAACGAUUGAAAUGCCAACCUUGAGGAUAGUUGGUGAAUUUUCGGAUACACCAUCAAGACAAUUUCCGGUUGGAACAGCUGUACAACUGACAUGUACAGGACAGAUUGGCAGUGAACAAAGUGCUACAAUUCGAUGGUGCUCGAAGAAGUCCCAAGCUUUAAGCUUUACUGGGUUACCAGAGACCCCAGUCCACUCGGAGGCCUCGCCGUCUGGCUGUCAGUACACACGUUCCAGUACUAUCACAUAUAACCUCACCAGCAGUGACACUUAUACACAGUUCCUGUGUGAGUCUGGUUAUUCUGGGCUCUGUGAAACAGGAACAGCCAAGCAAUAUCUGAAUAUAUCCUUAGAAGGAAGUAUUACAUCAACUCACAGUUUACCAAAGAGUGUGUCCACUAACGUAUAUCCAACAACGAUUGAAAUGCCAACUGUGAGGAUACUUGGUGAAUUUUCUGAUGCACCAUCAAGACAAUUUCCUGUUGGAACAGCUGUAGAGCUGACAUGUACAGGACAGAUUAGUAGUGACCCAACUGCUACAAUUCGAUGGUGUUCUAAGAAGUCCCACGAUCUUGGCUUAACUGGGUUACCACAGACCCCGGUCCACUCGGUGGCCUCACUAUCUGGCUGUCAGUACACUCGUUCCAGUACCAUCACCUAUAACCUCACCAGUGAUGACACCUACACACAGUUCCUGUGUGAGUCUGGAUAUUCUGGUCUCUGUGAAACAGGAACAGCCAAACAAUAUCUGAAUAUGUCCAUAGAGGGAAGUUUUAUUUCAACUCACAGAUUACCACCGUGUGUGUCCACUAACGAAAACCUUUCUACCAUUUUUGGAACCUUAUUUGGAGUUUUUUUCUGCAUAUAUGCAGGAUUAAUGAUAUAUAUUUUUCACAACAAGUUUUCAAACAAAUCAAGAAAUAAUGUCAAGAAAAAUGGCAAAAAUGAAGAUUACGUCACGCAUUAUGUUCCUAAUUUGGAUGAUCACAAAUAUCACGGUAUUGAUGGAGACGCUACAGAAACUGGGCACCAAGAGAACAGUGCACAUUAUGAGGUUUUGGGAAGUAGAGAUCCUGAGAAUGUCUAUGACCGAGUUAAAGACGUCAAUGCCGGUGUUGUUACACAAUCAUACAAGGACAAAAGUAGAGAAUAAUUCUAAACUCAUUAUAAAUAUUGUUGAGUACAAAAGUCAGGUUAUGUUGAAAAGAUUGUUAAUUUCAGUGCAAAUAGGAUACACUGACAUGUAAAACUUUGCAUUAGGUCAUUAUGAUAUACUAGUACUU